GUAAACUUUACUUGCUGCAGUCAAUCUUUUCUUUUACGAACUCCUGAGAAUUGAUCUUUCUUUGAAAGUCCAGACGACAGCCACAGAGUUUCAUUGAAAAAGUGGGGCCUUAAAAUGGGCUCCGAUGCUGUCGUCGACUUCAUCUCUGGUACGGUGGCAGGAGCUGCGCAGCUUGUUGUGGGGCACCCCUUUGACACGAUCAAAGUCAAACUUCAGAGUCAGCCAAAGCCAGCACUUGGGGAGUUGCCUCAAUUUGCUGGCGCCUUCGAUGCCACGAGGAAGACGCUUGCCUCUGAUGGCAUCAAAGGCCUCUUCAAGGGCAUGGGAGCACCCUUGGCCACAGUCGCCCUUUUCAAUGCUGUACUGUUUGCCACCCGAGGACAAAUGGAGAAGCUGUUGGCUCACUCAGACGGUUCUCCUUUGACAGUGGGAGAUCAGUUCGUGGCUGGGAUGGGGGCGGGAGUGGCUGUCAGCUUCCUGGCCUGCCCGACAGAGCUGCUGAAGUGCAGGUUACAGGCGCAGGGGGAUGCAGCCAAGGCAGCAGAAGCAGCUGAGGUGACAAAAGUGCGGUAUAGGGGCCCCUUUGAUGUCUUGAAGCACGUGAGGGCGGAGAAGGGCACGCUGGGGCUGUUCAAAGGGUUCACCCCCACACUUGUGAGGGAGGUGACAGGCAACGCUGUCAUGUUUGGAGUGUACGACUACCUCAAGCGGCAACUGGCAGCGGCACAGGGAUUGAAGGACACAAAGGAGCUGGGAGUGGGGAGCCUGGUGUUGGCAGGCGGGCUGGGAGGGGCGGCAUACUGGGGGCCAGUCUACCCUGCCGAUGUCAUAAAGAGCCGCAUGCAGGUGGACGAUCUGCGCAACCCCCAGUACAGGGGCAUGCUGGACUGCUUCAGCAAAACAGUCAAGGCCGAGGGGGUAGGCGGCCUGUACAGAGGAUUCGGGCCGGCACUGGCGCGUAGCUUCCCGGCCAAUGGAGCGUGCUUCCUGGUGUACGAACUGGUCAGCAGCUCUCUGAAGUGAGAUGGUGGAGUUCCGUGGAUUCACAGAUUGGCAGGCGCUGCCGGCCACUGGCGAGCCAGUACAAUAAAAGACAAAAUGCAGGACACGUGCUUAUCGGCACUGUGUAUGGAAACCAACGGAAUCGUUGCAAAGUCUAGACUAUUCUUCACCUCACUUUACAAUUUCUGUUUUGGGGUGCAGUCGUCAUGAUUGCAGCAACACGUCAAAAGUCUGAGUACUGCAAUUGCUUGGUACAAAGUUGUUACAGCCAGUGGGGCUGUUGGUUAUAAAAUUUGGGCUCACUGAGAAAGUGAUGCAAAUAUCAGCCUCAGGGUCACUGAUGGCUUCUGGUCCCGAUCCCAUACCUGCACUGCAGCCACAGUUGCACUUUAAUGAAGGUAAAUGUAUACAGCAUGC